AUCCUUCAAAUUCUCAUUUUUCACGCCUCUCUGCUUAUUGUUGUUGUGGUGUGUGUUACUACAUUUUCCUACGAAUCAGGUUUUUCCUUUUCCAUGCUUGUCAAUUCCUCUCUCAAAAAAGAAACCGAGAAUUCAAUUUCUUUGUUUUCUUCUUUCUCCGAUCUCUGAAGAGUAAAAAAAAGAAGAAGCUUUCUUUCUUCAAUUUCGUCUCCAUAUCCUUUGAUUCAAUUCCUUAGCGUCCAAGUCUACUCAAAAGCUUCGAUCUUUUUGACCAAGAAAUUGAGGGUGUUUUACUACUUUUGCCCUUCUAUUUUUCAACAAAUUGAAGAAAAGGGGAAAAGAUAUUAUUAGGGUUUUCGUUUCUUACAAUUUUACAAAUCCCCGCAAAAUUCUCGGUGGGGGAUUUGAUUUGAUCGAUGGCUUCGACUGCCUCGUCCUACUGGUGCUACAGGUGCAACCACUUCAUCCGGGUCCGGGUUCGGGUCGAAGACGCCGUCCUCUGCCCCGAUUGCGGCGGCGGAUUCGUCGAAGAAACCCCGACCCGAUCCCCGCUCCACCGGUUCCCCGCCGCAAUGUUCAUCGACAACCCGCCCAAUCCGGAGCACAACGCAAUCCCAAUCCCAAUCCCUAGGCUCCGCCGCAGCCGGAGGAACGGUGGGGAUCGCUCGCCGUUCAACCCGGUCAUCGUCCUCCGUGGGAACGAGCCCGAGAGAGGGAAUUUCGAGCUCUAUUACGACGAUGGAGCCGGGUUGGGGCUUCGGCCUUUGCCGGCUAGUAUGUCGGAUUUCCUGAUGGGAUCAGGGUUUGAUCGGCUUCUCGAGCAAUUGGCGCAAUUGGAAAUCAAUGGGGUUGGAAGGUUAGAGCAUCCACCGGCUUCAAAAGCCGCGAUCGAAUCGAUGCCGUUUGUGAAGAUCGUUGGGAGCCAUGUCUCCAUGGAGUCUCAUUGCGCAAUUUGCAAAGAACCAUUUGAGCUGGAUUCGGAGGCGAGAGAGAUGCCUUGUAAGCACAUUUACCAUUCGGAUUGUAUUCUGCCAUGGCUUUCGAUUAGGAAUUCGUGCCCGGUGUGUCGGCACGAGUUGCCCACGGAUGUGCGUGGUGGGAGUUCGCCGGAGUUGGACCCUGUAACGGGUCCGGCUCGGGAUGAAGAGACAAUGGGAUUGACGAUUUGGAGAUUGCCCGGUGGCGGGUUUGCGGUUGGGAGGUUUACUGGGGGGAUAAGAGCAGCAGAGCGUGAGCUGCCUGUUGUUUACACUGAGGUGGAUGGUGGGUUCAAUGAUGGAGGGUUUAAUGGUGGUGGUGGUGGUGGUGGUGGUAAUGUUCCAAGGAGGAUUUCGUGGGAGACAAGUAUGAGAAGCUCAAGGGAGAGUGGCGGGUUUCGCCGUGCGUUUCGUAGUUUCUUCUCAUUCUUUGGGAGACUUAGAAUUACUUCAUCAACCUCAAGGUCAAGGUCUGAGCCGCAAAGGAGUCACUCUAAUUUAGUGUUUAGUCGAUCGUGGAGGAGGCGGCAGCGUGGUCAGCCAGCGGCUUUGGAUGAUGACAGAUGGUAAAUUUUGAUUUUGUAAUGAGAGAGGUGUUGAAUUGCUUAUAUUCUUUAUCUAGGGUCUUCUCUAAUUGUUUCAGUAAGACUACAAUGUUUUCACAUAUGUAUAUUGUUUGAUUUUACUUGCUGUACAUAACAACACAUGAGAAAGAGUUGAGCCAUUUUUCAGUUUUGAAUUCUGUCAAAGAGAGAAAUGAAGUGGCAGAUCACUUAGAUUUUCACACUAGUGGAAGGAGAAGAAGAUAGUUAUGCAAUUAGAGUGGGCCUUCAAAAGUUAUGGAGGUAAAUCCCCUUGUAGCUGCGCUUGUACUAAUGUUGUACCUUAUUGAGCUCCGCCGAAUGGUAUUUAUUACAAUAGGAAAUGCACACUUUCUUCUCUUAAUGUAUUUGUAGAAGCUGUUUGGUAUGUAAUAUCUGCCGUUCCUUGUAGACAAUUUUGAACUUUUUUAUUGUAUGUAACAUGGUUUCUUUCCCUCUGUGGUCUUGUGUCCUUUUGGGCGCUUUUGACUCCACAUGCUACUAUUCAAUAACAGUGGCUUACUUGCUAAAAUUUGUCCAA